AUGUCAGAAGAAGGAAAAGCACGGGAAAUUCAGACAGAAGGUCAGGAGCAGCCUGAAAACAUCGAACAGCUCAAGAAAACAAUCACGAUCGAUACAAUUCACAAUGAUGAGGCGCUCAAGGUACUUGCAAACUAUGUCGGAGACGAGCAGUGGACAGAAGAGGAGGAGAAAAAGCUGGUGCGAAAGAUCGAUCGGAGACUCCUGACCAUCCUUUGCUUGACAUAUGGCCUUCAAUACUACGACAAGGCCAUGCUCUCACAGGCGGCUCUAUUUGGCCUCAGAGAUGACCUUGAACUCAACAUCGGAAUACGAUACUCGAUGUCAGCUUCGAUUUUCUAUCUGGGAUUCAUCGUCGGGGCCUACCCUGCUAUUGUCCUAGCACAGCGAUAUCCCAUUGAGCGUGUCGUCUUUGGAAUUGUGUUGCUAUGGGGAGUAUGCCUCACCUGUACUGCGGCCUGUCAUAACUACCAGAGCCUUUACGCACAACGGUUCUUCCUUGGAGCCCUUGAAUCAGGCGUUUCGCCUGCGUGGAUGUUGGUAGUGGGAGGAUGGUACAAGAAACAGGAGCAAGCCUUGCGGAUGGGGGCUUGGUAUAGUAGCACCGGAUACGUUUCCAUGGUGUCGCCUCUCAUCAACUACGGACUCGGACAUAUCAAAGGUUCCCUUUCUCCUUGGCGCUACAUGUACCUAGUUGCCGGAUCAAUCACCAUACUGUGGUCGUUUGUGAUUCUCUUCCUAAUGCCACCGGACCCCAUACGUGCAAGACGAUUUACCGACAGAGAACGCUACAUUGCCGUUGCUCGAAUGAGAAUGAAUAACUCUGGAGUUCGCAAUACUCAUUUCAAGAAGGCGCAAGUAUAUGAAUUGCUGCUGGACAUCAAAUUCUGGCUCGUCUUCGUCAUGGCUUUUUGCAUUCUAGUAGCAAACGGUCCAGUUUCAACAUUCAUUCCGAUCAUCAUCAAUCAGUUGGGAUUUAGCGGACUUAACUCUUUACUUCUAAUCAUGCCAGCCGGCUUCAUUAUCGGCACAAUCGAGCUGGGUGUACCAUACUUUGCCUACAAAUUCCCUGGCUGGAGAGCCUACUUGGUCACGAUCACCGUCUGUGGUACAAUUCUCGGAUCUUUCCUGCUCUGGCUUCUGCCGCAGACGCAGACAGGGGCGAGGCUAUUUGGAGUGUAUAUAUUAGCUUCCUACGGGGGUGGGUAUGCAGUCCUCAUGAGUAUGCAGAUCGCCAAUACUGCCGGUUAUACGAAACGUUCAGUUGGUUCUUCUGGGAUGUUUGUGGGCUACUGUCUAGGAAAUUUUCUGGGACCAUUAGUCUUCAGGACUGAAGAGGCUCCCAAGUACAACACUGGCUGGAUCACCACUGUUGUCACAUCAAUUGUUGCUGCGAUUCUUGCCAUUGUGUAUAGGGUGAUCUGCUCGCGGGAAAACAAAAAGCGAGAUCAAAAUGGCGAGAUGGAGGCAUAUGAACAUGCCUACGAAGAUGAUUUGACCGACAGAAAGAACCCGCAAUUUAGAUAUACUCUUUGA